AUGACCUCAAACAUGCUCAUGCGAGGUGCGUGCACCUGUGGUACCCUACGGACCGGGCCGUCAGCCGCGAUCCGAAGCAGCGUCUCCGCUCCGAUUUGCCGGACUCUCCAGACAAUUACAGCCGCCGAGCCCGGACUUGCAACCUCCCAAUCACCGAAGCUCAACCAAACUUCAAAGGGCUCUUCUCCAUCAACACCCGCGCCUUCCGCAGCAUCACAAAAUCUCUUUCAACGCUGGCGGAAUCCUGCGACCGGCAAAUGGCGCCCGCCGCAGUACAGUCUACGUGCACAAGCGCAAAUUGCAUCUGCUGCCUUGCAGAUGGGAACGAUUGACGAGCUGCCGCGAAGUCCUAAAGUGGCCAAAUUCAUCGCACGCGCACGAGCGAAUGCCAGAGCUCUUCAAGCGCCAGCGAGCACGAGCGCGGGGACUGCCCAGGGCGCCAUGGCGAUGGAGUAUAACCUUGGGGCAGACGCGGCAACCGACGCAGCCGCAGGCGCUUCUUCGGCAGAUGCAGAAGCGCUCAAUGCAGCUCUUCGCGGCUGGCAUCUGUCGUCUGAGCAGGACUCGGCGAUGGCAAAGGCGAUCGUGCACUCAAUGAGAAACCGAGGGCCUUACGCUGGUCGAAAAGGAAAGAUGUUCAAGGGCACCAAGUCUGAACGAGGAGCCAAAGCCAAGGCGGCGAAGAUCGAUGACAAAUUGCAAGCGAUGUCGAAGACGGUUGCCGAGUGGAGGCAGUCGAAAUUGGCAGCCAAAGCCAAACAUCGACCUUCUUUGCCCUUUUAA